UAUCUCUAUCUUUGGUAAGACAUUUGUGCAAAAGCACCCAAAAAAGUAAUGAUGAUGAGCUUGAAGCGCGAAAUCACAUGGGUUUACCUGAAAAGGAAGUUACCAUUGCAAUUAGCGAUAUGAAUUACCGUAUCUGGUACUUCGCGAACUUUGUCGUUUUCAUUUUUUUUUUGCAGUUUAAAAAUUUUUAUAGAGAAGGAAAAAAAAAUUUCAAUAUGAUGAAAAUGAAGACUUGAGAAGCCCUUUUCACACAACCUUCAAGCAAAGCCAAAUUAAAGCCUUUUGAAGUUCUUCUGUCUAUAUUUGCUUCUCUUCAUAUAUACACACACCAAAGAUGGCUUUCGUUUUAACAGAAACUGCUGCUGGUUAUGCUUUGUUGAAAGCCUCUGAUAAAAAAAUUUAUAAAUCAUCAAGUUUAAUAACUGAUUUAAAUUCAUCAGAAAAAGUUUUAAACCAAUUUAAAAUCUCUGCUUUUUCAAAAUUCAAUUCAGCUGCUAAUGCAUUGGAAGAAAUUAACUCUGUUAUUGAAGGUAAAGUUUCAUCUCAAUUACAAAAAUUGUUAGAUGAUGCUAAAGCUGAUAAAAAAGCUACUUUAGUUGUUUCUGAUACCAAAUUAGCCAACUCUAUCAAUAAAUUGGGAUUAAACUUCAAUGUUGUUUCAGAUGCUGUUACAUUAGAUUUAUACAGAGCUGUUAGAGAAUAUUUACCAGAUUUAUUACCAGGUUUGACUGAUUCAGAUUUAUCUAAAAUGUCUUUAGGUUUAGCACAUUCUAUUGGUCGUCAUAAAUUAAAAUUUUCUGCUGAUAAAGUUGAUACCAUGAUCAUUCAAGCCAUUGCAUUAUUAGAUGAUUUAGAUAAAGAAUUAAACACUUAUGCCAUGAGAUGUAAAGAAUGGUAUGGAUGGCAUUUCCCUGAAUUAGCAAAAAUCAUUACUGAUUCUGUUGCUUAUGCUAGAAUUAUCUUAACAAUGGGUGUUAGAUCAAAUGCUCAAGAAACUGAUUUAAGUGAAAUUUUACCAGAAGAUGCUGAAGAAAGAGUUAAAACUGCUGCUGAAGUUUCAAUGGGUACUGAAAUUACUGAUAUUGAUUUAUUAAACAUUAAAGCUUUAGCUGAACAAAUUGUUGAAUUUGCUACUUAUAGAGAAAAAUUAUCUGCUUACUUAUCAUCAAGAAUGAAAGCUAUUGCACCAAAUUUAACUGCUUUAGUUGGUGAAUUAGUUGGUGCUAGAUUAAUUGCUCAUUCAGGUUCUUUAGUUUCAUUAGCUAAAGCCCCAGCCUCUACUAUUCAAAUCUUGGGUGCUGAAAAAGCUUUAUUUAGAGCUUUGAAAACUAAACAUGAUACACCAAAAUAUGGUUUAUUAUUCCAUGCUUCAUUAGUUGGUCAAGCUUCAGGUCGUAACAAAGGUAAAAUUGCUAGAGUUUUAGCUGCUAAAGCUGCUGUUGCCUUACGUUAUGAUGCCUUAUCUGAAGAAAGAGAUGAUUCUGGUGAAAUUGGUCUUGAUGUUAGAGCUAAAGUUGAAUCACGUUUAUCUGCUUUAGAAGGUAGAGACUUACGUACAACUUCAAAGAUUUCUCGUGAUAACAAGAAGGUUGAAAUUUCAGAAGCUCGUGCUUAUAAUGCUGAUGCUGAUGCUGUUGAAGCUGCUCCAGUUGCAGCUGAUUCUGAUGAUGAAAGUGAUGAAGAAGAAGAAGAAGAAAAGAAAGAAAAGAAGGACAAAAAGAAGAAGGAAAAGAAAGAAAAGAAAGAUAAAAAACGUAAGAGAGAAGAAGAUUCAGAUGCUGAAGCUUCUCCAAAGAAGGAAAAGAAAUCUAAAAAGGAAAAGAAGGAUAAAAAAGAUAAGAAAGAUAAAAAGGAAAAAAAAUCCAAAAAAUGAAUAACUAAUCAGUGAUUUAAUUUUAAGGGUUAUUUUCGGUAUUUCUUUAAUGAGUGUUCUUUUUUUUCUAUAUAUUGGUUUCAUGUUGUUCUUCUUUUGAUAAUAUUUUUGGCAAAAGAAAGUGUAAAUUAGAGUUUUAUUUUGAUUUUAAUUUUUAUAUAUAAUAUUACUAUAACUAUAUCCAUCUCAAGAGACUGGUU